AUGGAAUGCAAUCGUGCUCCGGAGCCGGAAGAACGCGGGCAACAUAAGCCUGGACAAAGCGACAUGCUAAACAUUUCAAUUGUUGGCGUCGUGGAGCUGCCGGGCAAUCACAAGCAAUUAGGCGCUGAUUGUUGCCGGGGGCGCUCGUUGCUGAGGGGCGUGGCAGGCGGCGCCAUUGCCAUCACAGCUGCAACAACAACAGUAGAAGCAGUAGAAGAAGCGACAGCAGUGCCACCAAAAUCAAUCGCUGAGACACACAAAGGAAAUGAGCUGGAAAAUGCAACGAAAUUGCGUGAGACCACAAAGCAAGAGAAUGCUUUUAUUGGGGACAUCACAAUAGCAACAACACCAAUAAAUAUAGCAGCAACAACAAGUUUGCCGGAUGCAACUAGCCUGGCAAGCAACUCCAUAGUCCAUCAACUAUUUAAGCAGGCCAAGCCACGCGAACAGCCCGAAAAAUUUGAAUUGAACCUCAGGCAAAAAUUGGCUCUUCUGCUGGCCAGUGAAGAGGAGCCACCGGAGGCGGAGACCAUCCACAGUAAUACCGAUAAAGAGUCCAGCACAUCCACCACCCAUCAUCCCGAGCGUCGACAUGCAGUGCCGGACAAGCUGCAGUACACCAAGGAGAUACAAAUCAAACAGGGUCGUCUUAUGGGCAUCACCAGACGCUUCCAGUUGACAACAGGACUACGCGAUGUGGAUCAGUAUCUAGGCCUGCCCUAUGCAGAAUCUCCCAUUGGCAGUCGUCGCUUUAUGCCACCGGGUGCUCCAUUGCCGUGGCAAGGUUUGAAGAUAGCGCGCCAUUUACCGCCCGUGUGUCCACAAAAACUGCCGGACAUAUCGUCGCAGAGCAGUGUGAAUAUGUCGCGUGGACGUUACAGGCACUUGACACGCCUGAUGCCCUAUUUGAAAACGGAAAACGAGGAUUGUUUGUAUUUGAAUCUGUAUGUGCCGCACGAGGAGCUCCUGGCAACGCCCAGGCUGCAUCCAGUGCUGGUGUAUUUGCACGGCGAGUCCUUUGAGUGGAACAGCGGCAAUGCGUACGAUGGUUCCGUGCUCGCCAGCUAUGGCCAAGUCAUUGUUGUCACUGUCAACUAUCGACUGGGGGUUUUGGGCUUUAUGCGGCCCAGCAUCGAUGAGCACAAUAUUGCCAACUAUGCGCUCCUCGAUCAAAUUGCCGCCCUCCACUGGAUCAAGGAGAACAUUGGGUCAUUUGGCGGCGACAAUUCACGCGUCACCUUGAUGGGCCACAGCACAGGGGCCGCGUGCGUUAAUUAUCUGAUGGUAUCGCCAGUCGCUUCAGGUCUCUUUCAUCGCGCCAUACUCAUGUCGGGCUCGGCCAUGUCCGACUGGGCGGCCAGCAAUCGGACGCUCGAAUUGACAAUGCAAAUAGCUCACUCACUCGAUUGUCCCCUGGGCGGUAAUGGGGCUGCUGGAGACGAUGAUGAUGAUGCAUUGCUCGAAUGCCUGCGCCAGCGUCGCUACCAGGAUAUUUUGCACAUACCAACAACAUUUCAACAAUUUUCAACAUCAUUGGGCCCAAUUGUCGAUGGACACGUAAUACCAAAUCAACCGUACAAGGUCAUGGGACAUUAUACGGAGCAUUUCAGCCGUUAUGAUUUAUUAUUCGGCAUCACGGAGUCGGAGUCCUAUCAUACAUUGGCCGCAUUAGCACUCGAGAAAGGAUUAGGUGAAAAUGAACGCGAUAAUUUAUUGCGCCGCUAUAUGAAGAGUCGCUUUGAUGUACGCCCCGAUUUGGCAUUGGCUGCCACACUAAAGAAAUAUCAGGACAUGUACAACAAUCCGAUUAAUGCCACUAAUUUGGAGCAUCGUGACGUUGUGCUCGACAUACUCUCCGAUGCGCGUGUUGUGGGGCCAUUGCUGCAAACAGGACUGUUCCACGCGGAUGUGAAUCGACGCAAUUAUAUGUACGUUUUUGGCCAUAACAGCGCCACAGGACCGUAUGCAAAUCUGCCACACAGCAUUAUGGGCGAGGAGCUGGCGUUUAUCUUUGGUGCGCCACUUGCGCCUGCGGGUCCGUUUUCCAGCCACAACUACAGCGUGCAGGAAAAGCUGCUAUCCGAAGCGGUAAUGGCAUAUUGGACGAAUUUCGUGAAAACUGGCAAUCCGAAAGCGCCUUGGCAGGGCACCUUCAUUAAUUCGCAUGCCUUAGAAUGGGACCGAUAUGACUUGGAUUGGCCGGAAUUCAAUAAGCGAGGACAGGCCUAUUUGAAUAUAGGCAUACCACCGACUGUUGGCUACAAAUACCGGCAAAUUUACAUGAAUUUCUGGAACAAAGAGCUACCGGACGAGCUAAAUCAAAUUGCGGCCAUACAGGAGCAGCAUCAGCAGCCCGGAAGUGAGGUGAUUACGGGUCAUAUGAGCAAAUACGGCACACGUGACAAUGGCGCCGAGGAUCCGGUGCGAACGCUCAAAUUGCUGCUGCAAGAUCCGUUGGCAGGGGGGGACGGGGAGCUCACACCAGUCGCCGCCGAGAAUAUGUACAAUGCCCCGCCCACCUUUGGACACGUCAACAAACAGCAUCAGCAGCAAGAGGGAACGACAAGCAGCGAUGUGGAACAGCAAUCGCAGGCAGCUGUUGACGAUUCGGUGGGCAAUGGAGAGAAUGGUGGUGCCACGGGCUCCGAUCCAGUGGCCAAAUCAGAGACCACCUUGCAAUUACUCAUUGCACUAAUUGCGGUCUUCAUUGUUUUAAAUCUCGUCAUCUAUGCCACAUUUCUGCUGCAGAAGCGACGCAAGCGCGUCACCUCCCUUCAGCGGAAGUUGGGAGGCAUUUUAAGCUACGAUGGCGCCACCGAUGAUGAGUUAAAGCGCACGGCGAGCAAGUCACACGAUGGCGACGAUAGCUAUAUACUCGAUAUGGUCCGUAAGACCAACACCUAUGAGGCCAUAAAGACGGCGCAGCGCUCGCCCAUAAAUGGUUAUGGUAUCACCAGGCAGCUGAGCAGCUCCACUGUGGACACCCACACGAAGGUCUGUGAGUGGAUGUCAGGACAUGGCCUUGGCGGCCAUACUCUGCCCAAAUCCUCAUCGCCCGCCUUCAGUUCGCUCUCUGGCAGCUUUGCCUCGAAGCCAGCGCAUGGACAGCCCUCGCAGUGUCUCGAUGGACGCAUCAUCAUUUGCCAGGACAUUGAAGUGACAGAUGCCGACCUCCUCACGCCCCAGCACAUGCACGAGAGCGAGCAUAAUUUCCACUAUGAACUGCUCCUUCAACGGCAGAACUCAGCGCUGACCGAGCCCAGUGAUGUGCCACUGCCCCCGCAAUAUCAGCAUCAACAUUCUCGCUCUGAUCCUGUAGACAUGAUAUUGAAUCAACAUCUAACUGCCGAUGAGCAGGUCACCAGUUUCGUGCACGCCGAUGAUGUGGACAUCAAUGUGACAAGCCGCGACGAUUCGAAAAUAGAACAAGUCCUGCCUUUGACAGCGGCCCAGCAGCUCGAGCUGCUUCGACAGCGCAACUAUCCAAAAGUUCUGCCCACAACCACCUCAAGUGGCGCCCAACGCGACAGCGACUCGCCGCCCAUGACCAUUGAUUUGAGUCGCAGCUAUAAACGCAACUCCUUGCCACCACAAAGCUACAGUUUUGGAGCGCCACUGCCGCCCCCGAGGAGCGUCAGCAGCACUCUGGGUCGCCAGACGUCACGCAGACGCGAUAGCAGUAAUAUAACGACCUCGCCACUAAUGCUCGCCCAGGAUUGCGGUGAGGAUGACGGCAGUGGGGAGGUGAAAAUAACAGAGAACACUCUAAUCGUGGGACCCAUUGUGCCCAAGUCCCCCAAAUCAACAAAGGCGCCGAAGACGCCGACAAUGCGAGCGGAGCCUGUGCCGUCAACACUAAGUCAGCCCGCAGCUGGUGGCAAGCUUAGUGGUUCCUUUCAAUCGUUUGAAUCGGUACCACCGCCCCACGAAGCAACGCCUCCGCAUAUGUUGCCAGGAACAGCGCAGCGUACCGAACGCAUCUAUGCCAUACAACCAACAACAACAGCAGCAACAAUGCCAGCAGUAACGCCAACCACGCCCACAACGCCCAACUGGCCAGCGCCAAAUGGGGCUCUCUAUGCACAGCCCCAGAAAUCUGCCUCGAAGACGUCGCUCAUACCCAAAAUGCUACCGCAAGCGGGCAGGGAAAGGGACGCUCAGGCAGGGGGAGAAGUGACAGAAACAACAGCGACUGCAGCUGACAAAGCUGAGGCAGCAGGGGCAGCAGAGGCAGCAGCAACAGCAGAGGAAGAAGCAGAAGUAGAGGCAAGAGUUACAGCGGCAGCUGUGUGUCUGCCACAGACACGAAUACCGCAGCUGCAGCGCAAUUCAAUGGAGACAGCCAAGGAUAAGGGUACGACUGCAGCCGCAGCAACCACCAUAGCAACAGCAAUAGAAACAACAACACCAAAAACGAAUGCCGCACGCAGCGUCUCCGCAAUAUCAGGCGGUUCCACAUCAUCUUGGUGCUCCUCAAAUUCAAGCUCCCAUUGCUCCUCCACAGCUUCCACGUCGUCCUCCUCUUCGACGGGGACGGUGCGCACCGAACUGCAACAAAGUCAACACCAGCCAAGCAAAAGUAUUACAACUAAUAUAUAAGUCAGCCAGCCAGCAACAACAACAGCAGGGAACGAAGAAACAAUGCUACUUUCACCAUGGCAAAGACUUAAUACCCUAACCGACUUUUGAUAAGCGCGUAAGUGUUGUUUCCAUGUACAUUAACUCAUUUGUAAACAAUAAAAAUCAGUAAUUAUAUAGUUGCGUAACUGAAAUAUAAGUUUUUAG